AUGCUGUUCCCGGAAGAAGAUGCGCCGUUGUUGAAAACUUGGAUUGUCAAGCGCAUUGAGAACACAUCAGAUGCGGACUCCGAUGUGCUUGCCGACUAUGUCAUUGCUCUGCUGAAACACGAUGGCGACGCCGAGUCGGUGCGGAAGCUCUGCGAAGCUGAGAUUCCCGACUUUUUGACCGAAGAUCCAAAGACUUUCCUAGACGACGUCUUCCAAGCGAUCGCGUACAAGUCCUAUCGACCAGGUGCUCCACCGCCUCCGCAGCCUGUCGCCAGUGCCAUUGGCGCUCCGGCUCCUCCUCUGGCUACGUCCUCGGGAACAUACAGCGGUGCGCCGCACCCGCCGUCGCGAAAACGAGGACUACACGACGACGGCGGCCAUGACGGCCACGCGGCGUAUGGCAGACACCACAAGCAGCCUCGACGAGGCUCAAACCACGACUCGGCCAUGGGCGGCUACGUGUCUGUGGACUCCAUGCCCGGCAUGAAGCACUUUGACCCCAAGAGCGCCCUCGAGACGAUCAUGCAGAUGCAGGCCAUGGGCAUUCCGUACCCCGGCAUGGCCGAAUUCAUGGCACAGAUGCCUCCAGCAGGUGGGAGAAACUCGCAACGGCGGAGAGGUCGCUGCCGUGAAUUUGAUACUAAGGGAUACUGCUCUCGCGGAAACCAGUGCAUGUAUGAUCAUGGAAACUCUGUCUAUGUUCCCCCCAUGUUUUCCGGAGUCGAAGAAUACGAUCCCAGCAACGCUGUGAUUGGAAUGGGCGCAAACCCCUACUCCUUCCCCAUGGACAUGAUGGGCGGCCGUGGUCGAGGUCGAGGCGGUCGUGGUGGUCGUGGAGGCCGCGGCGGCAAGAAAGGGGGAGCGCGAGCCCCCUUUUCGGCAGAGGGCCCCGUCAACGAUCGCACCAAGAGCACCAUCGUCGUCGAAAACAUUCCCGAGGAGAACUUUGACGAAGAGCAGGUCCGCGCCUUCUUUUCGCAGUUUGGCGAAAUCGUCGACGUUUCCAUGCAGCCGUACAAGCACCUGGCGAUUGUCAAGUACGACAAGUGGGCAUCCGCGAAUGCGGCAUACAGGUCGCCCAAGGUCAUCUUUGAUAAUCGGUUCGUCAAGGUGUUUUGGUACAAAGAAGAGGGCGCCAAGGUAACACCUUCGGCGGCAUCGGGAAGUGGGAAUGGCGUGCUAUCUAACCUGAACAGCGACGGGUCUGCUGCACCCACAGGGCACGAGGCUGAUGACGUCGACAUGGAAGAGUUUCAGAGGAGGCAAGAGGAAGCACAGAAGCAGUACCAGGAGAAGGAAGCCAAGCGACUAGAGCUAGAGCGGCAGCGUCAAGAACUGGAGAAGAAGCAGCAGGAACUCCUGGCGAAACACAGAGCCGAAAGCGAGAGACUGAAGGCGAAACUGGCAGAGAAGACUGGUUCGACGGCAGAUGGCAAAGCCUCGGGAUCUUCGUCAUCAACAGAGAUGCUACGUGCCCAGCUGGCAGCGUUGGAGCAGGAGGCCAAGAUUCUCGGCAUCGACCCGGACGCGGCAGAGGAUGGACUCGGCUACAGCUCACGGGGCCUAGGAUACAGAGGGCGCGGCCGGGGCAGCGAUCGAGGGUUUGCGCCUCGCGGUCGCGGCUCGUUCAGAGGUCAGGCGGGAAGACAUGCAGCCUAUGCGCAGUAUUCACUGGAUAACCGCCCGAGGAAGCUGGCCGUCACCGGCGUUGACUUUACGCCUUCGGACAAGGAUGAGGCUCUUAGGCAUUUUCUCCUGAACCUGGGCGAAUUCGAGUCUGUGGACACCACGCCUUCCGUUACGUACGUGUCUUUCCAAGAUCGCAAGACUGCCGAAAAGUUUUACUACAGCCUGCACGGAAAAGAAUUGCCCGGCGUCAGCGGCACGCUCGACCUCUCCUGGGUCAACACCCCGUUACCGCCCGCUGGGUCUUCCUCCAAGAAGAACGAGGAUGCCGAAGAUGGAGAUGCCAUGGCGGGGAUGAAUGACGAUGACGGGGCUGUGGAUGCUGGCUCGCCGGGAGAGCAUAUGCGGGAGCAGCGGCAGGUCGAUAUGGAUUAUGAUGUUGGUGAGGAGGAGGGAGAAUGGGUUGAGUAA